GUGAUCUUCACACGAAACGCCAGCGAAUGGCAUUCUUUUCCAUCCGAUAUAGACACACUAGACGAUAAAGGUGAGAUGGUCAGGCCUCCUCAUUGUGUAUAUGCGGACACUGCUGAAGAGGCUGGCACUGGAGGGGGCCAGAAGGUGUGUUUGGCCGGUUUUGGUGUCAGCUCCACGGCCAGACAGGGACGGGGGCCUGAGCAGGUGGCUGAAGGUGUUUGGUCUGGAGGAUGUGGCGUUAUCAGAUCUCCACUUCGGUCUGGAAAGGGCCAACUCUGCCACCCCCUUCAUCAAAACCUUGCCUCAAAGCCAAUUCGAUCUACAAGACGGAACGUUUGGACACACCCACCGCAUCCGAGGCUGAACAGGCACAAUUGGACUAAGGCCCCUUCGCAGGUGCAGUCUUGCCGGCCCCAAUCCUCACCUUCUUUUGACCACAUACACACACACACACACACGCAGUCCAGCGCACAAGAAAUGCCCAAUGUUUUGUACACACACAGUGUCUACUCCUUCAGGAUUAACACACACAAUCUACAGAAUUCCCUUAGUCUUGCAGAAAUCCCCAGGCCCCCUGUCCACCUUGCGGUGGUACACGGGCGAGAUUCACUUAGCUAUGAAUCACAUGAAAUCUUGCGAAACCCCGGCCUAAGGCGAGCUGAUAAGACAACCCGACCAGGUGAGUUGACUCGGCGAGGUGUGUGGGGUAAGACAAGAAGCGGAAGAAGCGGAGAAACUGGAUGCCUCUUUCCAACGACUACGAUCUGGCCGGCCCCUUUCUGUCGGCAGACGAAUCCUCCAUCCAACAGUGUCACAGACUUCACCUCCUGUCGCCUCGAUCUGGCCACAUACAGACAGACUUGUAUACUUUUGCCGUCAGACACGCAGACCGACUAA